AUGGGUUCUUGUUAAGGGACAACAUAAGAUAUCCAACAAGAUUUACGAAUGAGAGAAAUAAUGUCACAAUUUUAAGUUCCUAUGCCUUAUACGGAUGAGUAUAAAAUAUUUUAAACCUUGAAAUGGGUUGAAAUGUAAUCUAAUAUUAAAUCAUAGAAUUCAACAUAAUAGUAUACCACAUUUUGGAUUAAUUUAUUCUAAAGCAGCAGAUUCAUAAAAUAAGCUUAAAGAGUUUGUUAGGAAAUGGAGAACAAAGAAUGAAUAGCAUAACCAUCCUAAUUUAUUAUCAAUUCACAAUGUUUCCAUAAUAGAAUCAAUGAAAGUUUUUAUCCCAUAUACUGAAAUAAUACUUCUAAUUGAUAAACCAUUAGAACCUUUAUCUCGACAUAAGAAGGUCAUAAUGAAACAGUAAUUUACUUAAGAUGAAAUCUUAUUUCUUUUGGAUUGUGUAGUUUCAGCAUUUGCAUUUCAAUAAGCAAAUAAAAUAUAUCCUUCAGGCUUUGAAAUUGAUGAUAUUGUAAUGGUUAAAACUCCUUUUAAUGUUGAUGUGUACAAAUUAGUUGAUAGAUAUUAAAAACCAAUUAGAUAAAAUCUAUUUCAAGAAUUCAUCUCCCUUUAUGAUGAUAAGUAAAGUAUUUAAUUAUUUUUAUCUAUUUAAAGCUUUAAAUGAAAUGAAAAAGACAGCAUUUCUUUCUCCAGCAUAAAUUGAGGCUAUCCCAAGAAAAGAUAAAGUAAAUCAUAUAUUUUAAUAAGUAUCUUAAACAUAAUCGAUAUAAAUCAGAUGUAUUUAAUUUUGGAUUAAUUAUUGUAUAUUUAAUUUAAGCAAAGAAACCAGAAAUAUAUGAUUGGAAAAGAUGGACAAUAGAUGAUUUCUAAUUAAGAAAAGUAUAAGAUGAAUUGAUAACAACUAAUUUUAAUGAAUAAAUAUUACAUUUGAUUGAAUUGAUGUUAAAAGUAGAUGAAAAUGAAAGACCUGAUUUCAUACAGUUAGAUGAAAUGGUCAAUAAAUUGUUUCUAGAUAUAAAGAAACAUCGUUUAUUAGAAUAACAUUAACCUUAAGAAUUCUUUAUUGCUGGUUUUAAUAAACCUUCUUCCUUUGAUCAUCUAUUAAAUUAAAAUAUCUUUUAAUCCAAACAUCCUUCAGGUUAAGCUACAUCUCCAAUAAUGAUUAGAUCUAGUUAACAUUUAUCUAAAAACUAAUAAGUUGAUUAAUAAAAAUAUAGACAAUAAGAUAUGAGUCAAGCUUCAAUUAAAGAUUAUGGUAAAACUUAGGAGACAAAAAAUGGUUUUGAAAAUGCCGUUACAUAAGGAAAAUUACAUUAUUCAAAUGGUUUCUAUUAUAUUGGAUAAAUUUGUAAUAGAAGAAGACAUGGAUUAGGUACAUAUUAUGAUUCUGAAAACUAAAAGGUUACAGAAGGAAUGUGGGUAUUUGAUGUUCCUGAUGGUGAUGUUACCUUUUAUAAUAAACCAAAAUAGGAAUUGGAGAAAUCACAUAAGAAUUUAUCAAGGAAAGAUUGGAUUUAAUAUAAAGGACAAGUUAAACAUGGAUAAAAGCAUGGCAUCGGAGUUCUCUAUUUUGCCGAUGGUUCAAAAUUUAUGGGAGUUUUUUCAUGUGAUUAAGCUCAUGGGAAGGGUCAAUUUGAAUAUUAAAAUAAAGAAUGCUACAUAGGAACUUGGUAGCAUGAUUUAUAUGUUAGUUGA